AUGCGCUCUCCUCGAUAUUCCACCCCCUGCCAGUUACUGGGACAAUUUCAUCUAAAUGGGAUGCACAAGGCUGGAGAUGUGGUUCUGGGUGGGCUGUUUCAGGUCCACUUCUUUUCUAUCUUUCCUGACCUGUCUUUUACCUCAGAGCCACAACACCCUACCUGCAACAGUUUUGAUGUUGUAGGAUUCAGGCGGGCCCAGACCAUGGCCUUUGCUAUUGAUGAGAUCAACAGAAACACCAACCUGCUGCCUAAUGUGACUCUGGGUUAUAGUCUUUAUGACCAUUGUGUCAAACUAGGAAUUGCAUUCCGUUCAGCAUUGUCAUUAGCCAGUGGUCGAGAGGAGCAGUUUAUGUCAAACAAGGCCUGUGCAGGAAACCCUCCAGUAGUAGGAAUCGUGGGUGAUUCUUCCUCUACACAUUGUAUUGCCAUCUCCACUGUCUUAGGUUUGUACAGAGUACCUAUGGUGAGUUAUUUUGCCACAUGUUCGUGCCUGAGCGACCGGCAGAAGUUCCCAUCUUUCUUUAGGACGAUCCCAAGUGAUGCUUUCCAGGUGCGUGCUAUGAUUCAGAUUCUCAGGCGCUUUGGCUGGACUUGGGCAGGUCUGCUGAUCAGUGAUGAUGAUUAUGGACUCCAUGCUGCCCGAUCCUUCCAAUCUGACCUGGCUCAGUCUGGUGGAGGUUGUCUGGCCUACUUAGAGGUUUUGCCCUGGGACAAUGAUCCAGCUGAACUAAGGAGGAUUGUGGAUGUUAUGAGGAAAUCUACAGCUCGUGUGGUCAUUGUGUUUGCACAUGAAAGUUACAUGAUCAACCUCAUUAAAGAGGUGGUGAGGCAGAAUGUGACAGGCCUGCAGUGGAUGGCCAGUGAAGCCUGGACUGCAGCUACUGUGCUUCAGACUCCUCAGCUCAUGCCGUAUCUGGGUGGCACUCUGGGCAUUGCUAUCCGUCGAGGACACAUACCAGGGUUCAAGGACUUCCUGCUUCAAAUACGUCCUGACCUACAACACAACAACAGCUAUGGAAAUAACCUGGUAAAUCAGUUUUGGGAACACACAUUUCAGUGUAAAUUUGCACCACCUCAAGCAGGUUGGAUGGAAGCUGGGGGAUCUCUAUGCACUGGACAGGAAGAUCUAGAGAAUGUGGACACUGAAUUAUUUGACAUUUCCAACCUGAGGCCAGAGUAUAACGUGUACAAGGCUGUGUAUGCCCUGGCAUAUGCUCUUGAUGACAUGCUGCAGUGUGAGCCAGGCAGAGGACCUUUCAGUGGGCACAGCUGUGGCAGUUUGCAAAGACUGGAGCCAUGGCAGCUUGUGUAUUACUUGGAAAAGGUCAACUUCACCACACCAUUUGGUGAUCAAGUGUCAUUUGAUGAGAAUGGUGAUGCCUUACCAAUAUAUGAUGUCAUGAACUGGUUGUGGCUCCCUGAUAGACGAACUAAAGUUCAGAAUGUAGGUGAGGUGAAAGAGUCAGCCAAAGGUGAAGAACUCACACUUGAUGAAGACAAAAUCUUCUGGAACUUUGAAUCCAAACAGCUCCCUGUAAAACUGGGUCAGGGGAUGAGCAACCAGCUGCAGGGAGGGAGGCUAAAAAGCUGUGAUAAUUUGCCUGGCCCUGCUCUGCCCCAAGCUCCUCCACAAAUGAUAGGCUGGCCCAUGAGGGGCCGACAUGGAAAGGGCCGAGCCAACACCAGCCGACACGAAAGAGGCUGA